GUUUUUGAUUACGGCGGAUUGAACCAUUGAAAGACGGGAUCUGUUUUGUACGCAAUUUAAAUGGUGAAGCAAUAGAUUAAAAAUAAUAAUAAAGCCAUAGAGAUAUUAGAAUUUAACACAAUGUCUGAAGGUGAUUGGAUGAACGAAUACUUACAGGAGUGGCUAAACAACGGAAACGUCUUUGAUUAUGAACCUGAUGGACUUGACAUUGUUGGUGGUAGAGUAACCACAUCAGCUGAAGUCAGUAUUUCUCAGCCAGUGGACUCAGGCAUUGGUACUGCCUCCUACGAGAAGUUGGAGAGUGAAUCCUCAUCUGCAACAGCAUCCCAGGCUCUUGUUGCAUCUUCUCAUGCUAUUGAUCCUGCUCUAGAGACUCAAGUUGCAUCUUCUCAGGCUCCUCUUCCGGAUCAACUUCCUGCUCUUCGGACUUCUGUUCAGGAGUCUGAAGAUGGAUUCUUUUCUCAAUUCCAAGAGCUUAAAACAAAUAUAGAAAAGAAGAAAGUUUUAAAAACAUUUGAUACAGUGAUUUCUGCCUACCAGUUCGAAGAAGAUAUAAGAAAGCAAAUGGAUAAAAGUAUUGCAAGACAAGAAUGCCUAAAUGAAAUUACCAUACCACCUAUUCAACUUCCAACGAACAAAUACGAUAAUGACACAGACGUACUGCCUGUAUACAAAGGAAUACAACGAGUUGGUCCCGAACGAAUAAACAUCAACGAUAGAUUUGGUGAAGAAGAAUUCAACCGAGAUCCAUGUAACAUGCACGCUUAUGUCAACGGUGUGCGAGUUCCAUUUGCUGAUGCUCCACCACCUGUUCAAGUUCAGGAAAGAGAAGGACCGAUUCCUUUUGAGGUACUUGGCUUCCAAAUGCAACCAACUCAUAUACUACGGAAAGGUUAAAGUGUAUGGCGCAGUGUGUAAGGCGUUGAGCUUUCAAUCUGAAGGUCUGGGGCUUGAUUCUGUAUCCAAUGACCAGCAAAAACAGAGCUUUGAUUAGUUUUCUAGAUAUGUGCGCUUUAUAAAUCCUAUAAAAUGAAAAAAUAAAUAUACUUACUUACUUGAUACUUGAUAGUUAGGCCCUCUUUUCCAGUGGAAUGACCCUCAUAAACAGAGCCUUAGUAGUUUUCUGGAUAUGUGCGCUUUAUAAAUCCUAUAAAAUGAAAAAAUAAAUAUACUUACUUGAUACUUGAUAGUUAGACCCUCUUGUCCAGUGGAAGGGCCCUCAUAUACACAGGGUUUUAGGAAUUAAAAUGUUCACAUGACAGCUGAGCCUGAUAUAAACAAUGUAUGCAAAAGUACUAGAGCAAGAUGUUUUAAGUGUAUUCACCAACGGCCAGUUGGAUCACAUGUAAUGUGACUGUAUUCUUCAAUCUGAGGUAGCUAUGAUUCUGACAUUGUAUUCCUUAAAUGACUAUUGACCAGGUAUUUUUCAACCACUGCAUGGAAGCCCAUAAAAUGUUUUGAAAAGUUGAAGAGCUCAAAUAAUGGUACUGUAGUAUCUACAUUAGAUAAUGUAUAUGUAAUUGAUAAGAUAUAAUGUAAGGUCAUUAUUCUAUAUAAUGUAAUUCUAAUAAUGUAAUUCACUUAUAUUGUAUAUAAAAUGAUCAUUGUUCCAGUUGAAUAUUCCCCAUCUGUGCAAUUUGUAGCAAUAUAAUAAUAAAAAUUAUUAUUAUUAUAAUAAUAUAUUUGUAUUUGUAUAUCAGUGUUAUUCUACUACAAUUAAAGAAAAUUUGAGGAUUUUAUGACAGAAAUAUCAUUAGUCUUAAACAUUUUUUGAAAGAUUCUGUCAUUAUGAAUGACUGUUAUUUGUUACUUAUGUUUGUGUAACUUAAAUUUUAAUGACUUAAAAUGUCUGUGGCAAACUGUUGGCUGAAAUUAGUUUUGUAAUUGAUUGAUUACUUUUAUUAUUGUUACUUGAUAUAAAUAUCAUAUAUUUUGUAAUUUGUAACCUGUUUAUCCCUAUUUAUUUUACGACUUAAUGUAGUUUGACCCUUAUUUUUUUUACUGUAUUUUCUUAAAUGUGAAGAGUUUUAUUUAUACAUAUUUAAACUUACUUCUAAUUGGCUCUUGCAAUAAUAUGCAUAUUAUAUUUAUAUUAAUAAAUAAUAGACAACUCUGUUUAAAAAAGUAUGAAGAUCUACUUAUUGCUUAAAGAAAUCACAACAUAUAAAGUGUGUUAGUUAAAUUUAUUUGAAUAUGUUUUUGUUAGUUACAACAUUUGCCAGUAACAGGUCAACAACAGAAAUUGCAUAUAUAUAUAUAUAU